AUGGAGAAGACAAAAAGUGCUUUAAUGGUUGCCAUAUCACCAUUGCUGGAAAACACUCCAACAGCUACUUCUUUCCCAUUUGUAGGCGUCAUUUCAUUGUGUUUAGUUCUACAUUGGCUUGUUACAACACUUAAUCAUUUCUAUUCAUUGCUUAUUCACUCCCUUAUCACCAUAGUGAAGUCUUUCAGGGCUGAGGAAAAGAAGAACACCAUUGUAUCCGGUGUCACGACCCCAUCGGAACCUUGCUCUGAUGUGGAUGAUGACAAGUUGUUCAGAUCAGAAGUGGAGGUGGUGAUGGGAAAACUAGGAUUUUCUUACGAUCCAAAGGGGGGUGAGAUUGAAGAAAGGGUAGGAUUGGAGGAGAUAGAAGCUUUGUUAGGGGAGGAAAUGAGGUUGGAGGAUGUUGAGGAAGCUUUUGAUGUUUUUGAUGAGAACUCUGAUGGGUUCAUUGAUUCAAAUGAGUUGAAGAAAGUGCUUUGUGUGUUGGGUUUUCAAGAAGUUUCAGAAAUGGAGUGUGAAAAGAUGAUUAGGGCCUUUGAUGAUAAUGGAGAUGGAAGGAUUGAUUUUGGUGAAUUCAAGAAACUCUUGGAGAGCACCUCUUGCUAG